GGUGUGUCCGCCAGAAAGGCCACAACUUGCCUACUGGCUGCUGCUCGCAAAAAGCGCCGACGCCGCCCCGUGUAACGCGAUCGGCCGGCAGACGAGAGCCGCAGCUUCUCACGUAGCGGAUCGGCGGAGACCGGCGGAGACAAACGGGGACAGACGGCCACGGAGGCGACCCUUCAGACGAACUUUUCACUCUUCUGGGCCGCCCCAUCGAGGCGCGGCGGGGACUUGGCGCAUCCAUGAGCUCCUCUGCGGCUUUCUUCGUGGCGUUCUUCUGGGUGGUCAUCGGCCCCUGUGUGCAGACCACCGGUGAUGGCCUGAUUAAGUUACCCAAUGGCACCUCAGUGGACCACGAUGAGUGCAGCACCCCUGACUUCUGCUCAAACAACUCGCUGUGCGUCAACACCUACGGGAGCUACUACUGCCAGUGCCAGGCCGGCUACAGGAACUACAACAAGAAGGUCACAUUCACUUUUAAUGAAUCCAACUGUAGAGACAUUAAUGAGUGCAUUGAACAGCGCGGCCUCUGCGGCCCCAACACCACAUGUAGGAACACAUUGGGCAACUACAGCUGCUCCUGCCAACCGGGCUUCACCUCAACAUCUGGACAGCAGACCUUCAGAGCCAACGAGUCCUCCUGCCAGGAUAUCGAUGAGUGUCGAAAGUCGCCUUUCCCAUGUGGCCUCAGUACUGUCUGUCUAAACACGCCAGGAAGCUUCAGCUGCUCCUGCAUACAAGGGUUCAGGGUGCCACCUGGGCAGCCGCCACUCCGAGGGACCCAUUGUGAAGACAUCGAUGAAUGUACAGAGACCCCCGAGAUGUGUGGGCCCAAUGCCAACUGCACCAACACACCUGGCAGAUACACCUGCUCCUGCCAACCGGGCUUCACCUCAACAUCUGGACAGCAGAACUUCAGAGCCAACGAGUCCUCCUGCCAGGACAUCGAUGAAUGUACAGAGACCCCUGAGAUCUGUGGGCCCAAUGCCAACUGCACCAACACAUUGGGCAACUACAGCUGCUCCUGCUCUCAAGGCUUCAUGUCCACCGCAGGAAUAUAUCAGUUCAGAGCCAACGAGUCCACCUGUGAAGCCCUCAACUGCUCAAAGUUUGACACAAAUGAGACCCAGGCUAUGGCCGACCUCAAGUCUUUUGCCAAGAAGCUUUGUGAGGAGCAGAUGAGCCACGAGGCCACUCAGGACGUGACGCAUUUCAAGAAUCUCGUAGGUCACAUUGAGGGUAUCAUCAGCAGAGGUCAGGUGGGCAGCGCCAACGUUUCAGAAUUCUUCAAUCAAGUUGAGGACACGCUGAUGCUGAUUGCUCCACUUCUGCCAGAUGACCCAGCCAAACAGACCAUGGACAGCAUUGACGCCGCAGUCCGGGUCCGAAGAGGCACUUCGGCCAACGAUCAGGUGGUGCUGCAGACAGAAGGCGUCGUCAUGGAGACGGACUGGGAGACGGCAGUCAGACACGGAAGUCCAGGCUUUGCCGCCAUGUUUCUUGUCACCUAUGGUGACAAGCUGGCCAACACGGAGAAGUCCAUAGAAGAGGACCUGCAGAGACGCAUGGAUCACGUGAAGCUGAAUUCCAAGAUCGCGACGGCCUCCGUGGGCAGCAGGAAAGAAGUCAACCUGGCCAGACCUGUGAAUCUGACCUUUUCAAACCUGGAGGACCCCACUGACUUCCACGUGGUGUGUGUCUACUGGAAGUCAUCAGGCGGCAGGAGCUACUGGUCCAAAGAUGGCUGCCACACCAUAAUGUCCAAUGUCACUCACACCACGUGCCGUGCCGAUCACCUCAGCAGCUUCGCUGUCCUCAUGGCCCUCUAUAACAUUGAGGACAUCUUUGAGCUGAAGGUGAUCACCUGGGUGGGCCUCUCGCUGUCACUCAUCUGCCUGGCACUCUGCAUCCUCACUUUCUUCUACUGCCGUGCCAUCCAAGGCCCACGCAAUACCAUCCACUUGCACCUGUGCAUCAGCCUCUUCAUCGCUGACCUUGUCUUCCUGGCGGGCAUCUCCAGCACAAACAACAAGGUGGGCUGCGCGGUGGUGGCAGGGCUGCUGCACUUCUUCUUUAUGGCCGCCUUCACCUGGAUGUGCCUGGAGGGGAUUCAGCUCUACCGCAUGGUGGUCCUCGUCUUCAAUACGACGCUGAACAAGCUCUACAUGUUUGCAUUCGGCUACGGUGUCCCAGCAGCCAUCGUGCUCAUCUCGGCCUCAGUGAAAAGCAGCGGCUAUGGGACCAAGUGGCACUGCUGGCUGUCGCUGGACGACCAUUUCAUCUGGAGCUUCUUCGGCCCGGUGUGCCUAAUUAUCGUGGUGAAUGUGGUCUUCUUUAUCAUUACUGUGUGGAAGCUGGCAGAGAAGUUCACAAGCCUCAACCCGGACAUGCCCAACCUGAAGAAAGUCAAGGCUUUCACGAUCACGGCCAUUGCCCAGCUGUGCAUACUGGGCUCCAUGUGGAUCUUCGGCUGUUUCCAGUUUGAGGGCGGCUCCAUCGUCAUGACGUACCUGUUCACCAUCCUCAACAGCGUGCAGGGCGUCUUCAUCUUCAUCAUGCACUGCCUGCUCUCUAAUCAGGUACGGGACGAGUACAAGAACUUCAUGGCCACGACCUUCAACCUGAAGAAGAAGACCAAAUACUCGGAGUUCAGCAGCACAAGCAACAGCUCCUCAAAUGCACAGAGCAAGAGCGUCCAGAACACGGGUGAGUCGCACAUGUAGGACCCUCAGCUCCCCACCGAUGGCUGCUAUGCAACGCAAACUGAGGAGAGCGGGAGGAGGCUGACGCUGCUGCCCGCCUGCUGCCUCUUGUGCCUUCAAGGUGCCACCCUGUCAACUCGAUUCCUGCUUGGAGCUCUCCAGUCCCUCGGGAUGCUCCCUCCCACAAGAGGGGGUCACCCGCCUUCACUGAAACUCGUCUUGAGGUGCUGCUGCUCCACCCAGCAGGAGGCGCUGCUCUUCACGUACUCUGUCCACUCUGCUCCUUUCAUGUCUGAGGUGGCUGGCGUCGGGCACAUGGCCUGGUGAGUGAGGACCAUCCCAGCGGUCGGACAAAGGAGGCGCCUUCACUUCAGCCCUUUUCUUACCUUUAGCACAAUGCCCACGACUUUCUGAGGGUCCCUGUGGUAGACAUGGCGGGUCCGAUGCUGUAUAUACUUAAUUUAUGGGAUGGAUUUACACUUUGUGACUUCCCUUCCAAAGGGAGCUGUUGGCAGAUUCGCCCCGAAGCCCCCAGAUGGUAGCCCCUUUGCACACAAGUCUCUGAAUUUGGUGCCAUCCUGGCUUUCUGUUAAAUGUUCUGCACAAGUCACUGCAGACCCGUGGUCUUCGUCUGGGUGUCAAAUCCCACCCCUUUGGCCAGCUGUCACAUUCUGCCCUGCCUCAUCCCACCCCAUCCUUUCCCUGACCCCGACUAUGGUGUGAUAGGCCAAGUCACCCUCGUCGCAUUGCCACGCCCACUUUGAUGUUAAACCCCGCCCCUUUCCCCACCAAGUCUCAAGCUUUGCUCUAUUAUUGUUUGGUUGUAAAGCCCCGCCCCUUUUAUCUAAACUCCUCCCCUCAUUUAAGUGUCAAAACCCACCACACCCAUCCACACCCAACACUCAUUAGUCUUAUUAAACCCUCAACCGCAUCUCCAGCUCCUCCCAUUCUUCAUCCUGCUCCGCCCCUUUAUCUACCCCAGUGCACCCCUCCCUCAUUUGAAUGUCAGACCCACUUAACCCCCGAGUGCAUCUCAAAUCCUGCCCCUUUCUUCAUUUUGACUCCGCCUCUUUCCUGGUCACCAUUGAAGAUGGGCUUUGCUUCAAGCGCCGUUUCUCGCAAGUCCCCAAGUCCUGACAUGUGUGCCAAAAGGACUGAGGACUUUAACCUGAGAUUGUGGCUGUGCCCCCUGGUAGACUGGCACCCAAUCCAUAGUUUGUGCCCAGUUCCACCCCACAUAACCCUAACAGAAGGAUGUCAGAUGAUAGCAGUGAGUCACAGCCCACCUUAAAAGGGGUACACUGUCGUUUAGGAGGGUCCGCACUCUCCAGUUCUUGAGCCGUUUUCAUGUGUAGAGCGAGACGCGUACCCGCUGUCCUCGAUGUGAUGCACUCAUGGCAGCCGUCGUGUCGCCCGCACAGUUUGAAACUUGAACAGCUUUGAAUGUCAAAACGCCGAGGGGCUGCACUGCUGGUGGGAGUCACACCUCAUAAAUAGGGGGACCCCACAUUUUGGGGGGUGUGACCGGCGCCCCCUAUUGGGUUGGCUUCAGCUUUGUCCCCAAUGUUCCUGAGAGGCCUUAAAUGGAAUAAAACUGAUCUGGAUGGGUGGGGGGGCUUAGGAAAACGCCGAAGCUGAGCCGGCGGUCAAGGAGACGUUGGUUUGACCGUCCACUGAAGUGACCGUCACCGCGCUGCUUGGCCUCUCAUCGUAUUUAUGGCUGCUCAGGACGGCCUGCAGGGGGCGCAGACGAUGCCCCAUUGAACCGUCUGGUCUAAGCUCUGCUGGGGUGUCCAGUGCCCGUGAAGUACCACUCUGUUUAUUAUGGGCUGUACUGCACAAAAGGGCACCUGCAGGGAAUGCCAGCAUUUGAAGAAAAUCCACGGUACUUCAGCUCUUUGUGCGCUUAAAUCAUCGAAUGUGUCAAUAAAAGAGUCACAUCAGACAAA